GUCUUCUGCGGCCACCUCGUCGCCGACCUCGACUCCAUCGCGGGCGCGAUCGGCGGCGCGCUCUUGUACGGCGGCCACGCGGCGCGCGCGUCGGAGAUCAACAGCGAGACGGCCUGGGCGCUGGACUACUGGGGCUACGACCUCAAGGAGUUGCCCAUGGUCGACGACGUGCUCAAAAAGCGCGGGCCCGGCGCCAAGGUCUGUUUGGUCGACUUUCAGCAGACGACGCAGCUCCACGCGGCGAUCCCGCAGGAGUCCAUCGUCGGCAUCAUCGACCACCACGCGUUGCAGAACUCGACGGUGGUGAUCCCGCGGCCCGUCUUCGUGGACAUCCGGCCCUGGGGGUCCAUGUCGACGAUUCUGGCGCACACGUACGCGUUGAACGGCAUCGCGCUGCCGAAGCCCGUCGGCGGGCUCCUGCUGGGCGCGAUCCUGAGCGACACGCUCAACCUGCGGUCGCCGACGACGACGGAGUGGGACAAGAAGAUGGUCGCGCUCCUCGUGCAGUACUGCGGCGUCGACGACGUCAACGUCAUGUGCGCGGAGCAGUUCAAGGCCAAGUCGAAGAACCUGGCGGCCAUGUCGGCCUACAGCCUCGUCUCCGGCGACAUCAAGCAGUUCAAGAUGGGCCCGACGCCGACGAAGGUCGCCUUCGCGGUCAUCGAGACGACGGACCCGGAGGCGAUGUUGAAGCGCGCGGACGAGUUCGUGCCCGAGAUGGCCGUCGCGAAGACGGAGCUCGGCGUGGACCUGAUCUUCGUGGCCAUCGUCGACAUCGUCAAGCUCGAGUCGCACGUGCUCCUCGCGGGGCGCCGCGAGCGGAGCGCCGCGGACGCCGCC